CUCAUCUAACCAGAAAAUUAUCAUACUUUCAGCUCUAAAUCCUUUUCCACUGCGCUCAUACAAUUUUCAAUUCCUAUAACCUACCACGCAACUUCAUUCGCCUCCAUCCUCAAUACACUCAAUAUGAAGAUCGCUUCAAUUCUUCUCACUGCCGUUUUUGCUGCGUUUGCGGCUGCUGCACCUGUUGCAAGCGAGGACAGCCAUGCUGUUAUACCUGUCAACAGCUGUCAUCAUCAGCGGGGAUCCAGUCCAUAUGUUGUGGCUCUUGUGGAUGCCCGCCGACUCUUUGAGCAACAUUGCAGAUAUUUUCAGUCUUACUCCAACAAGCUCGUCCUCUCAUCUGCGUCUUUAUCAUUUGUUUUGUUUGAAUUUUGUGCCUCAGUGCAGGUUUUCCCUGUCAACCAGGUUUUCCUGUGCUUUUAUGUGAAUGCAGAGGCUUAUAUGUAA